AUGAAAAAUCUCCAAAAUAGUGGAUUCAAGGAUGAAGAUCUUCCUGUAUGCACCAACUCGUCUGGCAAAAUAUGCAAAACGGAUUCGGAUUCGCCCCUGGAUUUUUUUGCGGAUUGGAACUCCAGCGAUAUUGACCAUUUCUAUGACAAACAAUGGACUUUCUUGGCUCCAGUUUUUCAUGAGAACAAAUUCGUAUAUGAGUUUGAUGGGCAGCAUCGGCUCCCAUAUCUACCAGCAGAGCAAGCUGGUAAUGCUUCAGGGCAUUUCGGUGUAGUCCGGAAGCUAACCCUCCAUUACGCGCAUUACCAACAUGGAGAACAGACUAAGGGAAGUGUCGAUGUUCCUGCAGAUGCAUCUUUUCAUGUAGCUCUAAAGCGCCUGUUACAGAAUGACCAGCAGACAGACGUGAAAAAGUUUUAUGAGAAGGAAAAGCAUACGCUAGAGAUGAUGAAAAAGUUGGACAACAAACAUUUGAUCAAGGCCAUUGCGACAUAUACCAAAGGGAAUGACAGGUAUUUCCUGUUCCCAUGGGCUAAUGGCGGGAACCUUGAACAGUUGUUGCAGUCCAAACGCGGAACGCUUGACAAAGACCUCGUAGGAUGGGUUUUGGACCAGAUUGUGGGCCUUUCAGAGGCUAUCAAGGCCCUCCAUGAUAAAAAUAUUCGGCAUGGAGAUAUUAAGCCGUCCAACGUUCUUUGUUCGAAACCUGAGACUGGAAACGUCGGUCAAUCUACUCUGAUAAUAGCCGAUGUUGGUCUCGCGAAGCAGCAUAUGGAUUACACUCGCAAUCGGAAUAACACGACGACUACCAGGCACGGUAGUAUCACAUACGAGCCUCCAGAAGUAUCGCCAAAGCGGCAACUCAAGUCUUUGUCGCGUAAGUACGAUAUAUGGUCAUUAGGUUGCGUCUUCUUGGAGCUCAUCAUUUGGGCUGUUUACGACGUACAUGGGACAAGAUCUCUCCAUGGUCACCUCGGUCAAAAUUCCAAUUCCAGGUUUUGGCGAGAAGCUCGCUUUAGAGGUGCCGAAAAGAUCCAUUCGGCUGUUAGAAGAUGGAUGAAAAAGCUGAAAGGCGAUCUCAAGCGCUCAUCUGCAUUUCGUGACAUAAUUGAACUCAUCGAGGACAAGUUUUUAAUCAUAUCAGACAAGUGGCGAGCGGAUUCCAUGACGGUGGUAAAUUCACUAGAGGCAAUCCGAAAAAGGGCAAAAGAACCUUCAAACGCGGAUUAUCUGUUCAAUCACGAGCUGGAAAGACUGGCAACCGGCAGCCGAUUAUCCGCAUCCAGUGCAUCUGCUAAACGGGAUGCUGCCGAUCCUUCAACACAAGUAAGUUGA